UCGCACUUAAACCGGAGAAAAGAGACAUCUAUUGACGACGACGGCAUCAAUAUUUGUCAGCCAGCACGUUCAGGUUAAACAGUUCUCUGUCAACUUUUGUGGCAGCGAAAACAGCUCCGAUUUUCGUAUCAUACAGUGGCUGGUUGUAACUUUUGGAACAUGAAAGUCCAUAUACUGUCCCUGUUGCUCUUGGGCUCCCUUGCUGCCACGGUUCAGGGCCUCACGUGUUACUACUGUAACUACACCAAUGUCGUCCCGUGGUACAUGCCCUUUUGUGGAGAUCCCUUCGACGAAUUGGCCAGCGAGGCAAAAACAUCGACUGUGUCGUGUAAUGGAAUCUGUAUCAAAUCCAAAGGCCGAAUCUUCUACGACGGAGGGUAUGUGGAGGGCCUAUCGCGGGGGUGUCAUGCCGGCAUGGACGUCUCGGAGUGCUUCAACGCGUGCAGGUCCCAGGGACGACAAGAAGGAUGCGAGUACUGCUGCGACCAGGAUCUCUGCAACAGCGCAUUCCCUGUGACCUUCCACCCGGAAGUACUUGUCACCACACUGGUGUUUGCGUUUGCGACCUUGGCUUUCUAAACACAGUAAAAGGUUUUUUAAGGCUAAAAAGUAGGUGUUUUGUAAACAGGAAGGGAACUUUUACUGGAAAUUAUAAUUUACAUCGCACAUGGGAAUGGUCUCUUCUAAAUGCUAAACGAUUAGUGUCCAGGUUUUGUGGUACUUUGCAUGCGCAUGCGCGCCCUAUAUAGCCACUAAUGCUUUUAUCCCACGUUUGCUGUUGCUUCUCGUCAUUUUAGACCAACAGUACCAAUACAACAAGCGUUUUUUUAGACAGGAUAAAAAUCUGGCAAUAAUUUAAGCGAACACUAGUUUUCAUACUUUACGGGAUAAUCUCAUUACUACUACGGAUUGGUGAAGGAAGGAUUAACGGUCCGCAAUAAGUUUUUACACAACACGCUUGGGAAACUCGACUUGCAUAAAGGCUAUGAUCUUGGUUCUGGAGGAUUUUUGAAGGUACGUAAAGUCCUGCGUAUCGACAGGAGAAAGCUUCAAGUUACAUGAGGUGUGAAUACUAGUCUCCUCACAAGACUGGUAAUCGAACCAUUCUCCCAUAGGAAAAAGUACAUGGUGUAUCCCCAGAGCAUUAUGUAAUAAAACAUUAUGUAAUAAAAACACAAACAAGACAAAAUAAAAUGCAAACAGGCCCGACCCCCUCUUAAAGGAUUAUGUCUUUAUUUCAUGGGAAUAGACAAUAAUGUAGUUCCCUUGCUUAUGACGAAAAGCCUCCAAAUCUUAUCCACACGUGACGGAGGAAAGUCAGAAUCUUUUGCCCCUCCCAGAAAAAUUUCUUCAACUCCCCCAAGGGUUCUGGCUGGGGCUUUACUCUGUAAAAUGGUACGUUCCUAGGGACCGAAGUUGAAAAACAUGAAACUGAAAGGAGCUCCAACAGGUGUCGUGUGAAAUUACUUCUGCCUGAUUGCACACGACGAUCUAAUAGGCAGAUUGCUGAAGACCUACCAACUGUGCGCACGGAAUAUAAGCAGUCGGGCCAAGGCAGAACGAAAUAAGGCUUACGUAGCCAUGCAAGGAUGACGAUGCAGUUGGAUAGGCCUACAGAGAAAAAGUUCAUUGACUUUUGCUUGGUUCGGCAACAUACCAUUAGAAUCACUGCUGGAAGGUCUGGGCUUCUAAACGUUGUCCCGUACCCCCCAAAAAAACAUGAUUGCUGUUAAUAACCACAGUAAUCAUAAGUAUCGUCAAUUUACACCGACGUGCCGAGAGAAAAACAGAAUUCAUUUAAUUUUGAAAUGUAUAAACGUCUGUGGGUAUAAAUUAGUAAUCAGGUGCAGAAUUUUGAAAAUAAUGAUAGUUUACCCUCAUCCACAGCUUUCCGUAUGGGGUGAGAUUUCCGAGAAUAUUCAAAAGAAUUUCAAAAUUUUUCAACCCAUACAGUAGUGUGGAAUCUCUCAUAUUUCUAUAUGUUUUAAAGUUUGGUUAGAUAUGCCACAUUCCGAUAAUCAUAUUUUUACUCUUACUGCUGGAUAAUUUCUGGACCUUGAUUUUGUCCUCCCCUUAAUCUCCGGCCUUAAGGUAGUUCCAAAUAUUAAUUUUUCCUCAUUGUGUGAGCAUGUAAUUUAGACAAGAAAUUAAUAACCGUUUUGCAAGUUAAAGUUAAAUAAAAUCUGAUACACUAAGUUAUGGGAUUGCACGUAAACGCAACAACGUAACUUCUUCAGACCAUGGACACGGUUGCUGUACCUUGUGAGUUUGGGCAGGCUCUUACAUAGAGAUCGCCAUUUCUGGAAUGGACUGGUUCCUCUGAGCCCGUCGUAUCCAUUGAAUUAAUUGUACAAAGCAUUGUACUAAGCAAAUGCUUGCCCCGAAUUACGAAUUGUAGUAGCAACCGUGUUAAUAUGGAGAACACAAACUGUCUUGCUCACGUUAAUUUAAGGAAUCGGUGUACACGAUUUUAUUGCAAAAACAUGAAGUCGAGGUUAACUCCGCCAAGCGAUGUACUUUGUGUAAAAGGGUUCCUGCUGCAUUGCACACGGCAGUCUAAUGGCAGUCUUAUGGGGCCUACCGGAUGUGGGCACGGAAUGCCACCAGUCAGAUCAAGGUAUCGACAGAGGUCUUAUUUAGCCAUUUGAGUGUGACGAUGCGUUUGGUAUAAUAUAUGCGUAAUUACUGUCGUCAGCUAUUGGGAGAGAGUUCAGUGACUUUUGCUUGUUCAUCGACACACCCGCAGGUACAUCUGAAUCUUUGACCACCGUUCCCAACUCAAAUGCAUGAUUGUGGUUCAUAACCACACGAAUAACAGCAGCGCCAAGUUUGGAGAAAAUGGAUGAUGGAAGGAAACAUUUGCAAAUAUAAAUUACUGUUACUUAUCUCCCAACCCCCUACUUGACGAUUGCUGGACGUUGAUUUUGUACCCCUAGAAUCUCUGGCCUAACGGUAGAUCGAAUUUGAAGAUUUUUCAGUGAAAGUAGGGAGUUUUACACUGCACAUUUUUAUCAUUGUCUCAAGGAAUUUUGAUAGAUUACCUUCUUUUUAUGAAACUUUCUCUAUGAAAUAUUUCUUUCAUUUUGCUAGCUAUUUUUUUUAAAUUCUAUCGUGAUUCCAACCUUUAUUUAAGUUCUAUGGCAUUCAAUACACUAUUUGUAACUUUUAUUUGGUUCUCUACUUCAAUUUUCAUUGAUUUUUAUCGACAUGUAUUAUUCAUUUACUCAUUUGA